AUUUAGUCAUCUCAAACCUAUUUUUAUCAAACAAAGAAAAACGUGAUUUUGGUCAAACAAUUUCGAUAAAUAUAGAAAGAAUACCAGCUGGAUUAUUAAAUAAAUGAUGAAACGCAGAAGACAAGGAAAAGCUGCAAAGGCUACAGAAGCAGAUACGCCUGUGAUUGCUACAGCAGUAACAAAAGUAAAAAAUCAAACAAAAUCAAAAAGACAAAAAACUGACAUAAAAUCUUGCUCAGGAAGCCAAACAAAAAAGCCGAAUAAAACUAGAAACAGUAAAAAUGGAAACUGUUCCUCAAGCAUCACACAUCCUAAUAACUUAAUAAGCUCCAAAACAAACAAAAGUACUGUAACCGAGGUUUCAGAUCUAAACACUGUUCCAAAGGUGAAGGAAAGUAGGAAAACAAACCAAAGAGGGAGGAAAAACACAGAAAACCCAUCCUCUUCUACGAUGUCUGACCAAUCAGAUAGCGAGAACUCCUUGACAGACUCUGAAUCUGAGUAUGACACACUGGAAGAAGAAUCUUCAACUGAGAAUGACAUGACCGAAGUGCUGAAUCAGCAUAGUAGUUUUAUCACAGGCAAUGAUUCUAGAAAUGUAUAUGGGGAACCAACGCUAGAGGUCCCCAUGUCCACACCCAUUUCAUCGCAAAUUAACAAAUCCCUUAAGAAAAAGAUCUGGCAGAAUGCCUACAUUGAUAUGGCUGAUCUGCUGCCUGCAACCCCGCACACAGGUCACACAAAUGGCCAGUUUUCAUUGAAGCUGGGCCAUAACUCACAAUUUACCAUAACACCUACUGCCAAGGCCCAAAAAAUUAACUCCAUUGAAGUCUGGUCAACAGCGUUUAUUCGUUUUGUGGCCAUUUAUACAGAAAAAUUUCCCACACUUACCCCAGACUUUAUGAAAUAUUUCGAAAUAGUUCGGGAUAUUGCUUCCAGACGGGGUGGGCUUGCCUGGCAAACAUACGAUACCCAAUUUAGGCUGCUAAAAGCUCAGUCAAACAUCCCGUGGCAUGUAAUGCAUUAUGAGCUUUGGCUCAGGGCCUGCACUGACCCUCUACCCAUGCCAAUCCAACCCCGGCCCUUUCGAACCCAACCUUUUCAGUCCUUUCCCUCUCAACACAACAGAUCUUGGCAGAGGGGUAAAACAACCUCCAGCCAACCUCGGUUUUGGACAAAAACUUGUUGGCCAUUUAACAGAGGAGAGUGUCAUUCCACCUCCUGCACCCUCCCCCAUAUCUGUGGGUUCUGUAAAGGGUCACACUCCGCAGGGCAUUGCAGUUUCCGAAAUCGAGAACAAGCCGCGCAAGCCAUGCUCGGUCAACCUCAAGGAAGACUGCCCCAAUUCAACCAUAAUGCACAGGGUAAAAACCCCCGUCCUCCUUCCGACUCCCAUAAAGGUAAAACCCCUCUCUGA